GGAGGGAAAGAGCGUUUGAGAGUGAAGUACAGUGAGCAGCGGAGACGAUGGAGAUGAAUAACUUGCACAGUAUAAUUCGGCCCUACAAGCCCACAGAUAAGUCUGCAAUUGUCUCCCUCUUCCGCUUUGGCAUACUGGAGCAUAUUUACCCAGCUUUCUUCAAGGCCAUGAGCCACCAGGACCACAUCGGGGUCACCCUGAGCGUCUCCGUGGCCGGAUAUGUGCUCGGAGGAAGUUCGUACUUCCAAGCCUUUCUCUUCGGUGGAGCUUGGGCCUGUCUGGUCUACUACUGCUGCCACGAGAUCUACCAAAGCCACCUCAACCGCAAGCUGGAGCUGGAAAUGGCUGAUAUUCAAGCUAACUUCUUGGAUAACCAGGACAAUAAGUUCUGGGUGUUGGAAACGGAGAUGUACGGGAGGACAAAAGUGUCCGGGAUGCUGGCUGUAGUGGGUGCAAAGGCUGAUGUUUUGAAUGCUGAUAAUGCAGCAGAGGUGUUUCAGUUGAUCGUGUCUUUCCAAAAGAGACGCAAAGGAUUGGGAACGCAGUUGGUAGAGAAAGCCAUAGAGUUCUGUAAGGAGCAGGGACUUUCUUGUUUGGCUGUAGAAGUGAGUUCUCCACAAACCGCAGCUAUUUCUCUUUUCCGCAAACUGGGCUUUAUUGAGACUUCAGUGCACAACAACACACACUCCAACCAUUUGUUCUCUAAACUGGCCCGGAUCAACGUGAUACGAAUGGAGAAGCAUCUCUGAAAUGUGAUGUUGAAGCUUUGCCACAUAAGUCAGAAUUAAAUCUUCUGUUUAUUCAGCAACUGCUAAUUUACCCAGGGAUUUCCUGGGUUUAUAUUUGCAUUAUUUGGUUAGUGAGUUUUCGCAUUACUACAAAUCAUAUUGUGCUUCCUUGAAAAGAUGUGCACGCAAUCGCAGCUUUCAAUGCGAUAUAGGACAACAAUAAUGUCUUUGGCUUGAAGUAAUGCUGUGUCACUUCAAAAACUAGUUUUUGUAUCUUAUUUCACAAGCUGUUCUGGAAAAAAAGUGAAUGUUGAAAAAGAUGAUUAUGAUAUCUUACGCGAGGCUUUGGAUUCUCAGAUUAGAAAUUAAUUGCACUUUAAUGAAAAUACAGAUAUACACUCACCGGCCACUUUAUUAGGUAC